CGGACGCGGCCGUGGGGCCGGGGCCACCCGGGCACCUGCGUGGGGAGGAAGCGAGGUCCCGGGGAGGAAGGAAUGGCUCGGUUUCCCCGCAGCCCGGUUUACGCGUAAAGAAUGCAGCCAUCUGGCGGCUUGCGGUCCCCGGACUUGCCCCGAAGGUGUGGGAAGGAAGCCUUUCGGAUUGGACUGAGGUUUUAAUCAUCGGUGGUGGGAGGCGGGAGGAUAUGCAGGGCCUUAGGAACGGUAGUCUCCGAGAACAAAGAAUUAUAGAGCACCCACAAAUCGUAAUCUCGCCCAGAGUGCUCUAACAAGGUUGAAAUUGAGCAAAGAUUGGACACCUUAUUAGACAGGUGUUCUUGAGCACCACUGACAACACGGUUCUGACAGUAUUUCAUGACAAUGGAUGGUGACAGUUCUACAACAGAUGCUUCUCAACUAGGAAUCUCUGCAGACUAUAUUGGAGGAAGUCAUUAUGUUAUACAGCCUCAUGAUGAUACUGAGGACAGCAUGAAUGAUCAUGAAGACACAAAUGGUUCAAAAGAAAGUUUUAGAGAACAAGAUAUAUAUCUUCCAAUUGCAAAUGUGGCUAGGAUAAUGAAAAAUGCCAUACCUCAAACGGGAAAGAUUGCAAAAGAUGCCAAAGAAUGUGUUCAAGAAUGUGUAAGUGAGUUCAUCAGCUUUAUAACAUCUGAAGCCAGUGAAAGAUGCCAUCAAGAGAAACGGAAAACAAUCAAUGGAGAGGAUAUUCUCUUUGCCAUGUCUACCUUAGGCUUCGACAGUUAUGUGGAACCUCUGAAAUUAUACCUUCAGAAAUUCAGAGAGGCUAUGAAAGGGGAAAAGGGGGUUGGUGGAGCAGUCACAGCUACAGAUGGACUAAGUGAAGAGCUCACAGAGGAGGCAUUUACUAACCAGUUACCAGCUGGCUUAAUAACCACAGAUGGUCAACAACAAAAUGUUAUGGUUUACACAACAUCAUAUCAACAGAUUUCUGGUGUUCAACAAAUUCAGUUUUCAUGAUCUGAAGAAAUGGAAUGGAGAGUGUGGAGAAGUGAGAGUCUGUAUGAUUCUGGAGCAGAGACAUCAGAAGGAAAUGACUGGUGAAAAGAUGUCUCUUUGUACAUUAAUAGCUGUAAUGUAGCUUCCUGAUGCUUGACUAAUUGAGGUGUUAAUUCUGACUUGAGAAUCUUUUUCAUGAAUGAUUUUAAAGAAAAAUUUGGAUUUUAAAGGUAUUAAAGUAUUUUUGUUUUGUACGAGAGUUUGUUGCUCUGUAUGACUCCUGUAUGCAUUGUAUAUUGCAAUUUAUUACUGUCAGAGAUUUGUAGACAGUUUCUUAUUUUCAUAUUGAAUCAUGUUACUUUUGUAAUUCACGUAAGCAGCUGGGUUAAUUCAUGAUGUUUGCCCUUUUAAUAAAAUAUAAGGGUAGAGUUCAUUUUGAAUGCAAGUUGCCUUUAUUAUAAAUUUGAGUUUGUCUUGGUUAUAUAUCUUGCAUGAUAACCUAACUAGAUUUUUAGCAUUUGCCAUAUUUAUUAAAAAAGAUUUUUUUUUUGGUGAAACAUCCAUAGCUUAAGCAGCACCAUUUUUUAAAAAAUGUAAUUGAAUAAGUGUGAAUGCAGAAGCAAAUAUUGUCUACCCUAUUAAAGUUGGUGCCCAUUUAACAGUGUUUACACUGUCCAUUGUGCCUGUUAACGUAGUUUUAGUUAUUGGAGCUUUUGUUAAGACUAGAUAGAUUUGGUUUUGAGUUACAUUGUUAUGAGUGUUGGAAUUCAUCUAAGUUUAAUGUAGUCCCAGUGCUCUUGAAAUGGUGCCCCUUUCAUUUGGAAUACGAUUUUUUUCAAAGCAUAUCUUCAAGUAUGAUAGUAUCCUCUUUCAGAAGAGGAAUUUUAGUCUGAUGGUAAAUGUCUUUAUUUUACCUUUUUAAUUGAAAUGUCAAGUUUCCUAUUUUACUAUGGAAACCAAGAAACGUCAGACAUCAUUGUGUGUCAGACCUUUGGCAUGGGUGAGUGAAUGAGAUGCAGGCCAGAGUGAGUGCUUUGAAUGGGGUGAAAUAAAAGCCUCCGGCUCCUAGCUGUCUUGAUCUUUGCAAUAAACUAAACUUAGAUAAUGUACUUUGUAUAAUUUAGUAGUAUGUACUUGGGUUGUUUCUUUUUUAAAGUGAAAAUUUGUAUUUUCUCGUCUAUGCUUUUUUUUUUAAGUUUUAAUAUCAAAAAUUGCUAUUGUAUAGUUUGCCUAAAAGGAAGUUUGAGUGAAUGUCAUAUUUGAACGACACUCAAAUUUGUAAGGUAGAAGCAAUUUCCCAGAUACAGGCUGAACAGAAACAUUUAGUUUGCCAGAAGGAGCCUUUGGGGGCAUAUUUGGGCUAAUCUAAGGUUAGUAACUCCCUCUCCUCCUAUCCCUCAUUUAAAAAAUAAUCUCUAUUAUAGAAAAUUCAAAUAGGAAAAAAAAGGGGGGAGAGUAGUUAAGCAAAAUCAACAAUCAUCCUACUGUGUUGAAAUAACUGUUAAUAUUUUGAUAUAUAUCAUUUGUCCUUUUACUUUGCGAAAUAUGUAUAUUUUUAUAAAAAUGGGCUCAUAUUGUGCAUACUGUUUUGUAACCUGCUUUUUUCACUUAACAAUAUAUUUUGAACAUCUUUCCCAGGUCAUGCAUAGUCUUUUGCAUCAUUCUUAUUGGUUUGUUUUGUUGUAUGACUGAAUCAUAAUUUAUUUAAUCUUCUAUUGGACAUUUUGACUAUUUACAUCUUUUCAGUUAUAAACAACACUUCACUGAA